CGGGAGGCGGCCAAGCCGCCUCCCGUCCCUCCCCUUCACCCUCGGCGGCGUUUUCAAGCGGCGGCGCUGAAGGAGCGACAAAAUGGCGGCCCCUGAGGGAGGAGGAUGAGCGGCGGGCGGCAGCGCACUUUGCCUCAGAUCUGGCGGGCGCCCCAGGGCAGAACCGAAGGAGAGGGCGCGGGCGACGACAGCGACGAUGACCUACUGCUGGCAGCCGCCGCCGCGGCGGACCCCGUCCCCGUGGAGGGCUUCAGCGAGGCGGCGGGGUCCAUCUGGAUCUACCCCACCAACCUGCCGGUGCGGCCGUACCAGGAGCGCAUGGCGGGCGCCGCGCUGCUGGCCAACACCCUGGUGUGCCUGCCCACGGGGCUGGGCAAGACCUUCGUGGCCGCCGUGGUCAUGUAUAACUUCUACCGCUGGUUCCCCUCCGGCAAGGUGCUGUUCCUCGCCCCGACCAAGCCGCUGGUGGCUCAGCAGAUGGAGGCGUGCGCCCGGGUCAUGGGCAUCCCCUCACGGGACAUGGCGGAGAUGACAGGAGGAACCCAAGCUCUGGGCCGCCGGGAACUGUGGAAUACCAAGAGAGUGCUUUUCCUUACCCCUCAGAUAAUGGUCAAUGACCUGUCUCGGGGCACCUGUCCCGCUGUGGACAUUAAAUGUUUGGUUAUUGAUGAAGCCCACAAAGCCCUGGGGAAUCAUGCCUACUGCCAGGUUGUGAGGGAACUGAGCAAAUACACCAGCCAGUUUCGGAUCCUGGCCCUGAGUGCCACCCCAGGCAGUGACACAAAGGCUGUGCAGCAGGUUAUCUCCAACUUACUGAUCGCUCGGAUAGAGGUGUGUGCUGAGGAUUCCCCGGAAAUCCAGCCUUAUUCUCACGAGAGACUAGUGGAAAAAAUUGUAGUUCCACUUGGGGAAGAGCUGGCAGGAAUUCAGAACACUUACAUCCAGGUGCUCGAGGCGUUCGCCGGCCGACUGAUCCGAAUGGGAGUUUUGGCCAGGAGGGACAUUCCCAGCCUGACCAAGUACCAGAUCAUCCUGGCAAGGGAUCAGUAUAGGAAAAACCCCUCUUCACAACAUGUGGGAGUCCUCCAGGGCGUCAUUGAAGGGGACUUUGCCCUCUGUAUCAGUUUGUACCAUGGGUAUGAGCUGCUGCUGCAGAUGGGAGUGCGGUCCUUGUUCAUCUACCUCUGGGGAAUUAUGGAUGGAGCCAAAGGGCUGACCCGCACGAAGAACGAGCUGGGGCGUAACGAGGACUUCAUGGGGCUGUACCAGCACCUCCGGGACAUGUUCUCAGACACAGCUGUGGCUCCAGAGAUGGGAGGUGUUUGCAGGAGUAACACAGUGCUGGAGAAGAAAAAGGAAUUCAUCUACAGCCAUCCAAAAUUAAGGAAAUUGGAGGAAAUCGUAAUAGAACACUUCAAAUCCUGGAAAAAUAGGUGCUCUGAGCAGGAGGGGAGUGGAGGCCCCUCUGAGGACACCAGGGUGAUGAUCUUCUCCUCGUUCCGGGACAGCGUGCAGGAGAUUGCGGAGAUGCUGUCCCGCCUCAGCCCGACCGUCCGGGCCAUGACGUUCGUGGGACACUCCACAGGCAAGAGCACCAAAGGCUUCACCCAAAAGGAGCAGCUGGAGGUGGUGCGGCGGUUCCGGGAGGGCGGCUACAACACCCUGGUGUCCACGUGCGUGGGGGAGGAGGGCCUGGACAUCGGGGAGGUGGAUCUGAUCGUGUGCUUCGACGCCCAGCGCAGCCCCGUGCGCCUGGUGCAGCGCAUGGGCCGCACCGGCCGGCGCCGCCACGGCCGCAUCGUCGUCAUCCUCGCCCAGGGCCGCGAGGAGAGGACUUACAACCAAAGCCAGUGUAGCAAAAGGAGCAUCCACAAAGCCAUUUCAGGGAACAAAACCCUUCAUUUCUACCAGCACAGCCCACGGAUGGUUCCAGAAGGCAUCAACCCCCAGGUGCAUAAAAUGUUUAUCACUGCUGAGAAGUAUGAGCCAGGCAACUCCAGAGCGCUCUGCAAAGAGAGGAGAUGCAGCUCCCUGCAGCACAAAUCUGCUCUCUUUUCCUGUGUCACUGGCCAGAAGCAAACUGUCUCUCAUGAGAACUGGUUCCUGUCACCUGAGGAAUAUGAAACAUGGGACAGACUCUACAGGAUUAAGGAGAGUGAUGGAAUAAAGGAACCGGUGUUGCCUCAAACUCAGUUUGCAACCUUAGAAAACCUGGAAGAAAUACCAUCCUGCCAGAGGAGUGGCCGAGUCCUGCUGAGCAAUACCUUGACUGCAGCAUCCUUUCCACCUUCCUUCCCACGGCAGGAGCAGCAGGAUCAGCAGCAGGAGCAGCAGGAGCAGGGGGCAGUCCAGCUGCUCUCCCUGUGCGAGUGGAGCCUUUGGCAGAGCCAGCCCUUCCCCACCGCCCUGGUUGGGCACUCGGAGCCCUGUCACCAUUUCAUCAGCCUCAUGGAAAUGAUGGAGCAGAUGAGGCAGGAGCAGGGAGACUGCAGCUAUGGACGGGAGCUCCAGCCCCACUUACAUGUGGAAGAUGUAAAUAUUCCAGGGAAUAAAAGGCAUCUCCACACGACCAACUCUAGCUGGGGUCAGAGAGCACGAUCCUCCAGGAAAGAUGUGGCACACUCAUCCAAAAGGAAACCAUUCCUGCCUGAUGGGGGUGAUAAUGAGAGUGAACUCUUCACCACCUUUAAAAUAACCAAGCCAAAGCCUCCCAGAAGAACUCCUGGAUCCAGUGUGGGAGUGGGUCCUUCGGCUUCUCCCUCGGGAGGGAUUGCUCUGGAUGAACAGCCUGACCAGGACACUGAGAGGGACGAGGAGCUGGAGGUGACAUUUGACUUAAAUGCAGUUAUUGACCUGUGUGACAGCAGUGACAGCACUGACAUUGCUGACAGUCCAGCAGCUCAGGGAAAUAAACCUGCAGGCAAAGCUCCUGCAUCCCUGGGGAUGCUCCCUGGGGACUCGGGGUACGAGACAUCCCCAGUGUCCUCGGACUUGUUCUAUCUCCCCGAAUCCUACAGGGAUUCACUCGGGACACCGUCCCAGGAGCCUCCUGGCUUACAACUGACAUUGUCCCGUGUGCAGAGGCUUUUGUCACAGUCCCCUCCCCCCAUUCCCUCCUGGAAUGAACUCGAGGACUUGGAGAACAUGGUGAGCAAUGAGGAAGCAGUGUGUCCUGUCCCAGAGGUUAUCCCCGAGGGCCACUCCGUGGGACUGCAAGACAAAGCCUUCUCUGUGUCCUCAGAAGCUGAUCCUUCACUGCUGCUCGUGGAAAAUCCCAAAGUGAACGUCCCCAGGGAAUUCUGUGCUCCAACAAGUCCCCGUUUGUCCAAAACUGCCUCAUCUUCCAAGGCUGCUGUUGUUGAAGAGGAGCAUGCCUGGAAUGACAGCUUUGAUGGGCUGUUUGACAACGAGGAAUUCCCUGACAUCCAAGGGAACCCUCCAGCCACAACCCCCCCUUCAAACAGGCAUUUUGUGCACAGAGACACUGAAGGUGUUGUUGGUGGAGAGCAGAGCAUCCGUUUGUUUGAGGAUGAGCCUGUGGAUGGCACUGGGGACGGCGGGUUAUCCGUGAGCGAGGAGCCUCCAGCUGGGUCAGAGCCAGGUGGGAAUGUCAUCGGGACAGAUGGAGAGCGAGGAUCCCGGGGGGCUCCCUCAGAGAGGCCCUGUGUGAACUCCAGCAGCUGCAGGGAGCAGCCCCAAAGCAGGAACUCCAUGGAAACUGCCGGAGUGCCCGAGCAGGGCCUGGAGAACGAGGAUCUGUACGACUGUUCCCAGGAGCUGUUCUCCGUCACCUUCGACCUGGGCUUUUCCAUCUCAGACAGUGACAAUGAACCCCCUGAGGAGAACAGGAACACCGAGAGCACCAGCAAAGCAAACGGUGCCUCAGGGAGGGGGACAGGGGCAAAAUCCACUGAGGAUGGAGAGAUAUUCCAGAGCGAUGGUGCCAGGCUGGAAACCUCACCAGAAUGGGAUUGCAGAGGUCUGGGGAGAAGAGCCAUUUCCACACCGCUGCCACUGCAGAGCAGGGACGUGAGUGACAGGGAAGGGCCAGAGCCUGCUCCUGCUGCAGUGCCUUUCCUCAGGUCAGGAGGCAGGAGAACGGCAAGGGGAUCACCUGAACCUUUGCCUUCGGCACUGUCGACCCCGGUAAGCAGGAAGGGUGGGAAUGUCCAAGCCAUCAAAAGGGUUCCUAGGAAAGUCUUCUCCAGUGCCAGGGAGGAGACUCCAGAGGUGCCUCUUGGAGGUGAAGUCCCUAAAAGCCCACGUGGGCAGAAUUUUGGGAGUUCAGCUGUGGAUUCCCCGUUAGGAAGAACUGCAGAGCUGGAAGACACCGCCCUCCGUGGAUCCCGGGUGUGUCCAGGAACCAGCAGUGAGAGUGAGGAGGAGAUCGUUUUCCAGAGAAAAAACAGGAUGAAAAAGAAUGUUCUGAGGUCUCCUGAUGGCAUGGACGACAGUGACUUUGAGCCCCCCCAGCACCGCCUCACCAGGAAGCGCCGGCACCCCCCGAGCGUGUCAGAGUCCAGCGAUGACAGUGGGGAUUUUGCCCAGAACUGGAGCAGGACCACGAGGAGCAGCUCCGCAGCCCGGAACAAACCCCGGCCAGGACGUGCCAAGCGGGUCAGGAACAGUCCCACAUCCAAGGCCCCUCUGUUGCAGGCUGCAGCCAGGCAGUUCCUGCAGGAGGAGGCAGAGCUGUCCCAGCACGGCACAGAGGGGCUGUCGUCGGACGAGAGCGAUGGGACCGAGGAUGAGCUGAGCUCCUCCAUGGCCCAGUUCCUCAACGACGAGGGGGAGGUCACACAGGCCCUGAACGACUCAGAGAUGCAGGCGCUGUACCUGGAGUCCGUGCGCAGCCCCGCCCUGGGCAGCAGGGGCAGGAACGUCCGUCGGGAAUUCAACAGCUCGGCCAUUUUCUCACAGAUUCCUGAGCAGGACCCGGAGUACAUGGAGGACAGCUUCUGUGUGGGGGAUGAGGAGGAGGAAGGCUGCAGACAGAGUGGUCCCAGUGAGGAGGAGGAGGAGGAAGAGGAGUGUGUGAGCAUCAGUCUCCUCCCCAGGGACAGUUUCUCGGCUGGCCCAGGCCAGUACCUCACCCGGCACAGGACGAGACUGAACCAGGCCAGGCGGGAGCACAGGAGGAAACCAUCCCGGAUCAGGGUCCUCAGUGACUCCAGCGAGGAGGAGACGGCUGUCAGCAGGGAGGAAUCCAUGGAAGGCUGUUCCAGGGCGGAGCAGGGGAGUGCAGAGUGCCCUGAGCCCGCAGAGCCCCCUGCACAGCACAGCAGCCGUGCUGGGGCCGGCCCAGCUCCUCAGCCUGGGGAACCUCCCCCUGAGCACCACAGGGAGCUGCUGCCAGACCUGGAGCCUCUGGUGUGUGAGAGGCUGGAUUUGCACCCAGCCCAUCCCAUCAGGAGCACAUCCUUCCCACCAGCUGUCCCUGGCUCUGUCCAGGCUCCCAGUGAGUCCCUGGGUGAUCUCCAGCCCUCAAAGGUGAAGAGCUCCUGGAAGAGCCCCUGUGGGAGCACCUCAGAUCCAGCGUGUCCUGCAGCCACAGACCCCUCCCCAGCCUCAGCCGGGUUCUGCCGUGAGCCUGCAGGGAAGGGCCCUUCCCUGAGCAUCCUGGCAGACAGCAGGGAGAUCUGCUGUGGGGCACAGGUGAUCUCCUCCCUGAGGGCCGUGCACGGGCUCCGGGUGCAGGUCUGUUCCCUGGGCACCUCCGACUACAUCGUCAGCACCCGCCUGGCCGUGGAAAGGACCUUCCAGUCGGAAUUGCAGGGCCCUGGGAACAGGAACAGGCUGAGCCAGCGGCUGCAGCGCCUGCAGGGCCUGUUCCAGAGGGUCUGUGUCAUCCUGGAGACGGAUAGGACCAGACCAGGAGACGCGUCCCAUUCGUUCCAGAGGACUCAGUACUACGACGGGGUGCUCUCGGCCCUGGUCCAGGCCGGCAUCCGCAUUCUCUUCAGCUCCUGCCAGGAGGAGACUGCUGUUCUGCUCAGGGACCUGGCCCUGCUGGAGCACAGCAAGGGAGCUGCCAUCGGGGUUCCCACCGAGCUGGAGGGGCCCCGGCGGGACCUGCUGGGCUUCUACCUGAGCAUCCCCCCCCUCAGCUACGUGGGGGCCCUGCAGCUCUGCCACUGCUUCGGCUGCCCCCAACAGCUGGCCAACAGCUCCCCCUUGGCUGUGGCUGCUGCGGCGCGGCUGAGCCUGGAGCGUGCUGAGGAGAUCCAGCGGUACCUGCGCCACAGCUUCGACCCCCAGCUGCUGCCACAGCCCCCCCGGGCCAGCGGGAAGGGCCCCGCAGCCCCCCGGAGCUGAGGGCUGGGACUCGGGCCCUGCACUGCACUUUACUGGGGUUGGUGUCCGACCCAAUAAACCCUUCCCAAGCACCGGGCUCUGGGAGCCGCGCCUGCCCGGGCUCCGCGGGGGGACCGGGGGGCCACACCCGGCACCGGCUGGGCUGGGCUGGGCUGGGCUGGGCUGGGAGCAUCCCCACAUUCCUUUGCAAAACACAGGAAUGACUCCAGUGCCUCGGCAAAGCAAAGCUUUGGGGGUCACGGGAAGGAGCCCCCCGGCAGCUCCUGCAACGCCGAGACCCGCCUUUCCCGGGAAGAAAGGGAAUUGCCCGCUGUUCCAUGGGCCCAGGACACCGGGGUGUUGCUGGGUGGGCCCGGGGCAGGUCCCCUGUUCCUUGCGGGCCUCGUGUGCCCGUCCUGCUCCCUCGGCCCGGGCUGCAGGAGCUCGAGGGAUCCUUCCCCGCCCGCGCGGCCUCUGCUGCCACACUGUGGCUGCCUGGAAAAGGACCGGGAUCUUCACUCCCAUCCCUUCCUGCUCACAGCUCUUUGCAGAGAGAGGCUGGAACAGGGAUACAUCACCUUCCUGCAAUAAGAACGGGACACAGGGAAUGGCUUCCCAGUGCCAGAGGGCAGGGAGAGAUGGGAGAUUGGGAAGGAAUUGCUGGCUGGGAGGGUGGGCAGGCCCUGGCACAGGUUGCCCAGAGAAGCUGUGGCUGCCCCUGGAUCCCUGGAAGUGUCCAAGGCCAGGUUGGAGCACCCUGGGCUG